AUGUUCGACGAGGAGGUGCAGCACAAGGGCGUCAAGCGCAAGCUGUCGGAGGUCUUCAACGAGACGAAGGAGAAUGUGAAGUACCUUCCGGGCAUCACCCUGCCAGAGCACGUCAAGGCGGAGCCUGACCUCAAGAAGGCAGUGAUGUAUGCCGACGUCCUGAUUUGGGUGUUGCCGCAUCAGUUUGUUGCCAGAACUGUUCAGAACAUGGGCAAGAUCAAGGACACAUGUGUCUCUGUCAGCCUCAUCAAGGGCGGCUUGGAGCUCGAGGGAGGCAAGCUGGGCCUCUGCUCGGAUCUGCUGCGGAAACUCCUGGGCCAUGAGGUCGGUGUCCUCAUGGGCGCCAACGUCGCGAACGAGGUUGCAGCCGGAGAGUUCUGCGAGGCCACCUUGGGCCUCAAGGACAAGAAGCACGAAGCCACCCUCGUGAAGCUGUUCGACUGCGCGACGUUCCGUGUCACUGCGGUCGACGAUAUCCCAGGGGUAGAGCUUUGCGGUGCUCUGAAGAACGUCGUAGCGCUGGGAGCAGGCUUCUGCGAUGGCUUGGACUAUGGUGGCAACACCAAAGCAGCCCUGAUCCGGAUUGGCCUGCAGGAAAUGAAGACUUUCAUCCGGCACUUCUACCCCGAGGUGAAGGAUGCCACCUUCCUGGAAAGCUGCGGCGUUGCAGAUCUGAUUACCACUUGCUUCGGCGGCAGGAAUCGAAAAUGUGCUGAGGCCUUCGUCAAGGCAAAGGGCACUAAGAGCUGGGACGCGAUCGAGAAGGAGCUCCUUGGAGGUCAAAAGCUCCAGGGCACCUUGACGGCCCAGGAGAUCUGGCCAGUGAUGAAGAAGCACAACUUGUGUGACAGGCUUCCGAUGCUCACAACCAUCUACCAGAUCGCCUUCGAGGAUAGGGCACCCUGGGCCAUCGUCAAGUUGCCCUCGGGCAUGCCUGCGUCUGCCUUCCACGAGGAUGAUGGCUUCUUCGAGAAGAAAUGA